UAUUUCUUAAAACUUACUCAUAAAUAACAUAAUAUUAAGUGCUCUUAUUAUUUUAUCAUAUUUUUUUUUUGUUGACUAAUGAAUUGUAGUUUUUAGUUGUUCUAUAUAAAGAUAAAAAAUGUCAGACCGCAAAGCAGAAUUAGAGAAAAAGAAAGCUAAACUGCAAGCCAUCAGAGAACAAAAAGAAAGACUUCGUAAAGAAAAAGAAAAAAAAGAUGGAGAUGAAGCAGUUUCCCGUGGUAUUAGUGUUGAAAAAGAUCAAGGUAAAGAAAUUGAUGAAAUGUUAUCAUCCCUUGGAGUUGCACCAGUUUCAGAUGUAUUGUCAAGUUUGACUACUUCACCUAAUAAAAAUGAAUUAUUGUAUAAUUCAAUGUCAACUCCUGAUUCUAGUGCAAAAGGAUCAUUACCUCAAACUCCAGCAACUGGCCCAAAGCCUACGAAGAAAAUUCGUGAGUUAUCAAUUGUUUCUCUAUCUUCUACAAAUAUACCACCUAAAGAGGUAGAAUGCUAUACUAAAGCUGUUCAGACUACACAUUCAUCAAACGAAAGAGACGGAUCCUGCACUUCUUCCCCUCUUAAAGGUUAUUUUGAAGAUUGGUGGAGGCCUAGAAAAGAUGGGGACAAUAUCGGAAAUCAUGGAUCAUUCUCAUCAACAGCACAAGCAUUUGGAUAUUACGACGAAUACAACUUAAAUCCUGGCUUGGAAUGGGAAGACGAAUUUACAGUUCUUACGUAUGAUGAUGGUUCUGGUCAAGCGGAGGAUGAAGAUAUCAGUCUUACAAAUUUGUCUACUUUCCAAAGCAAGCUGCCACCAGGUAUUCUAUCUCAAGGACUUCCUCAAGUGAAGGAAGUUGCACCAGCUGUUACUUCACUGGAGAGAGAAUUAGUUGUUAAAGAAGAACCUAAGAAAGUUAGAGAAUUAAGUGAUGCAGAGAAAAUGAUGAUUGUUCAUUCUGAAGAUUUUCAACAAUUUAUGGACCGUGCAGGACGUGUGAUGGAACGAGCUUUAUCUGAAAAUGUAGAUAUUUAUACAGAUUAUACUGGUGCUUUAGAUGACAAUGAUAUAAAUGAAGACAAAAGUAGUACCCGAUUAUCGUUGACACGUGUGUUUUAUGAUGAACAUUGGUCUAAAAAUCGUUUAGUUACAUCUUUAGAUUGGUCUCAACAAUUCCCUGAACUUACUGUAGCAUCAUAUAAUAUUUCUGAUGCACCGCAUGAACCUGAUGGUGUAGUUCUUGUAUGGAAUACUAAAUUUAAAAAAAAUUCUCCUGAAUAUGUAUUUCAUUGUCAGUCAAGAGUACUUUCAGCCACAUUUGCUAGAUUUCAUCCAAAUUUAAUUUUAGGAAGUACUUAUUCUGGACAAAUAGUUUUGUGGGAUAAUCGAGCACAGAAGAAAACUCCUAUUCAAAGGACACCAUUAUCAAAUACUGCUCAUACUCAUCCUGUGUACUGUAUCCAAGUUGUGGGUACACAAAAUGCGCAUAAUCUCAUUAGUAUUUCAACUGAUGGGCGUUUGUGUUGCUGGAGUUUAGACAUGUUAACUCAACCAGUUGAACGUCUUGAUUUAACUGCCAAACAGUCUAAAUCUGUGUCUGUAUCUGCUUUCGCCUUUUUGCAUGAUGAUGUUAAUAAAUUUGUGUUUGGUAGUCAAGAAGGAGCAGCAUAUUCUGCUUGUAGACAUACAAAAAAAGCUGGUGUAGUUGAGAGUUAUGAGAGUCAUAUUGCACCAAUAACAGCUAUUGAUACUCAUUGUGCUGUUGGAAAUACUGAUUUUAGUCACUUAUUCUUAACAAGUUCAAUAGAUUGGACAAUUAAAUUAUGGAACAUUAAGGAAUCCAAACCAAUUCACUCAUUUGAAAACAACAAUGAUUAUGUAAGCAGUGUUGCUUGGUCUCCUGUACACCCAGCUGUAUUUGCUGCAAUUGAUGUUACUGGUCGUUUAGAUUUAUGGAAUCUUAACAAUAAUACAGAAUCACCAACAGCUAGUACAGUUCUUGAUAACUCACCAUUAUUAAAGAGUCUUAUGUGGUCACAGAAUGGAACUCAUUUAAGUGUUGGUGAUGAGUAUGGCAAAAUAUCUGUAUUUCAAGUUGGAGAGCAAAUGACUCAGCCAAGACAUGAUGAUUGGUCCAAGCUUUCUAACACACUUCAAGAGUUAAAGAGUAACCAGACAGAUGAAAUGGACAAAUCUAUUAACUAUAGUUCAGGCUCAGUUUCUUCAGUUUUUUCUAGAUCUUCUAGUAUUUUGAUGAAAUAAUUACUUUAAUAAAUAAUAAGUAAUAUUAUAUUUAAGAUAUGUCAUGUUAGUAUUACAGACAUGAAUCAAUUUACAAUCCAUAUAUUUAUAUAUAAAAAAACAGAUACUUAUUUUAUUUAAUUGCAUUAUUUAAAAAUUAAUU